UUUGGGGGAAAAGACUGUACAGAGAUAAAGACUAAAUUCCCAGGUGUGACCAGCGGAGUGCUUAAAAUCCAUCCUAAGGGGACCCAAACCAGCCUUACGGUGUACUGUGAAAUCCACGGAGAUGAAGGCUGGAUCGUGAUCCAGAGACGAACUGGAGGGAAGGAGAAUUUUGAGAGAGGAUGGGCUGAUUAUAAAACAGGAUUUGGAAACCUAGAUGAGGAUCAUUGGCUCGGUCUGGAAAGCAUCCAUCUUCUUACCAAGGAUCCAUCUAAAAAGUGGACUUUGAGGGUGGACCUGCUGGACCAUAACGAUCAACAUGCUUUUGCAGAGUACCGUAACUUUAAACUUGGAGAUGAGAGAACAGCUUAUCAGCUGCGUGUUGGCAAAUACAGUGGAGAUGCAGGUGAUGCCCUGCGUGACCAAAACGGUUCAGGCUUCAGCACCUACGACCGUGACAAUGACUACUGCCGCCCAUGCAUCUAUGGUGACAUUGCUUUUGACGAGUGCACAGAGAGACAUGGCAGUGGCUGGUGGUACAGUGGCUGUGGCUCUGCAGCCCUCAAUGGGGAUUGGCACUCUUCUGACGACCCCAUCGGCUGGAGCUCAGGCAUUCACUGGCUCACCUGGAAAGGCAAACCUUAUUCCGCAAAGGCCUCCAGAAUGAUGAUCAAGUCUGAUUGAUUCCUGCGGGUUAGAUUUUACAUCUCUGCUUAGUUUGGGCAAUACUAUAAUUUGUAUUUGUUUUAAAAACGAACAUAUCAUAGUAACAAAGCAAACAAAGCAAAAUGGCUAAAAUAAAUAGUUUGAGGAGUUGUUUUUGAUGUGUUG